AUGACCAAGCCCAAGCUCUCACCACUGACCAAGCCGAGUGCGUCUCCUGUCUUUCCUAGCGCUCCGCCUGGCCCCACGCCGCCGUCUCUGACGCCAGAACGCCGCCUCCUCGCCCUCGGCAUCGAGGGCUCGGCGAACAAGCUCGGUGCGGGCGUCGUCGCGCACGCGCCGUCGGCGCACGCGACGCUCGUGACUGUCCUCAGCAAUGUGCGGCACACAUAUAUCACGCCGCCCGGCGAAGGGUUCCUGCCGUCCGACACGGCGCGGCACCACCGCGAAUGGGUGGUGCGGGUGAUCCGCGAGGCGGUGCGCAAGGCCGGCGUGCGCAUGAGCGACAUCGACGUGAUAGCGUUCACGAAGGGCCCUGGCAUGGGCACACCGCUGCAGGUCGGCGCGCUCGUCUCGCGCACCCUCUCGCUGCUGUACAACAUCCCGCUGGUGGGCGUGAACCACUGUGUAGGCCACAUCGAGAUGGGACGGCACAUUACAAACAGCUCAAACCCCAUCGUGCUGUAUGUGUCUGGCGGCAACACACAAGUCAUCGCCUACAGCCAGCAGCGGUACCGUAUUUUCGGGGAGACACUGGACAUUGCCAUCGGCAACUGCCUCGACCGCUUCGCGCGGGUGAUCCAGCUCCGCAACGACCCGAGUCCGGGGUACAACAUCGAACAGGAGGCAAAGAACAGGGGAAAGCGGCUGGUGCCGCUCCCGUACGGCACAAAGGGCAUGGACGUGACGCUCGCGGGCAUCCUUUCCGCCGUGGAGGGGUAUACGCAGGACGCGCGCUACCGGUCAUGGGACGCGCUCGAAGGCGUACAGGACAGCGACGACGUAAUCACGCCGCACGACCUGUGCUUCUCGCUGCAGGAGACGACGUUUGCCAUGCUCGUCGAGAUCACGGAGCGCGCGAUGGCGCAUGUCGGCGCGCGUGACGUGCUUAUCGUCGGCGGCGUGGGGUGCAACGAGCGCCUGCAGGAGAUGAUGGGCAUCAUGUGCAGCGAGCGCAACGGGCGCGUGUUCGCGACCGACGAGAGCUUCUGCAUCGACAACGGCAUCAUGAUCGCCCAGGCCGGCAUGCUCGCGUUCCGCAUGGGGCAGGUGACGCCGAUCGAGAAGACGAGUGUGACGCAGAGGUUCCGGACAGACGCGGUGCACGUUACAUGGCGGGCGUAG